ACAGAAAGCUUUAAACGAAAAUGGCAGGAGACUUCGUCAAGUAAUAAAACAAACCCGAAAAUUAAAAAACAAAACAAGAAAUCGAAGUUUCUUUCUCUCUCAUCUUUGUUUGUUCAGCGUCGUGUCGUCCUCAUUGUCCGUCCUCCGUUUUCUUAGGGACCCUUGAGAGGAUUAUUCGGUGAUUUAUAUGCUUCUCUUUUCCUGAAUUCCACAUUUUCGUCAGAGGCAUUUGUUGGCGGGGCCCUUCGACUCUCGUAUCUUUAAUAUGAGCGCUUGAUUCUCCUGCCCUUUACUGUCUCAACGGAGCAAGCUCGCAAGCAAUAAUCAUGUGUGAAGUAAUGUCUGGACCUCUCGAGCGUUCCUUGAGACCUGGUCUCGAAAAACCCGAGAUGGAAAACUCAGAGGAUGAGAGGAAGACUAGGAUCGGGUCUUUGAAACAGAAAGCUAUUAAUGCCUCCACCAAGUUCAGGCAUUCUCUGACAAAGAGGGGUAGGAGAAGCAGUAGAGUUAUGUCUGUUUCCAUUGAGGAUGUGCAUGAUGCAGAGGAGAUGCAGGCAGUCGAUGCAUUCCGUCAAGCACUUAUCUUGGAUGAAUUAUUGCCCUCUAAACAUGAUGAUUACCAUAUGAUGCUUAGAUUCUUGAAGGCUAGGAAAUUUGACAUCGAGAAGACAAAGCAAAUGUGGGCUGACAUGAUCCAGUGGAGGAAGGAAUUCGGUGCUGACACAAUCAUGGAGGAUUUUGAAUUUGAAGAACUCAAUGAAGUCCUACAACACUAUCCCCAAGGACAUCACGGAGUAGAUAAGGAUGGACGUCCUGUUUACAUUGAGCGCCUGGGAAAAGUUGAUGCCACCAAGCUAUUGCAAGUCACUACCAUGGAUCGGUAUGUGAAUUAUCACGUACGAGAGUUUGAGAGGACUUUUGCUGUUAAGUUCCCAGCUUGUUCUCUUGCAGCAAAAAAGCACAUUGAUCAAAGCACAACCAUACUGGAUGUGCAAGGAGUGGGACUCAAAAAUUUCAACAAAUCUGCCAGGGAACUUAUUGUGCGUCUUCAGAAGAUUGAUGGUGACUAUUAUCCUGAGACCCUUUGUCGCAUGUUCAUCAUUAAUGCAGGUCCUGGAUUUAGACUUCUAUGGAACACUGUUAAGACUUUCCUUGAUCCCAAAACUACAGCUAAGAUCCAUGUUCUUGGGAAUAAGUUCCAGAGCAAAUUGCUUGAAGUAAUUGAUGCUAGUGAACUGCCAGAGUUUUUAGGCGGUACCUGUACUUGUGCUGAUCAGGGUGGCUGUAUGUGUUCUGAUAAGGGUCCAUGGAAUGACCCAGAUAUAUUGAAGAUGAUUCAAAAUGGUGAUGCCAAAUGUACACAAAAAACUGAGGCACCAAUUGCUGAUGAGAAGACAAUUUCUGAGGAUGAAAUAUUGUAUCCAAAGGAAUGUGAUUCUGUGAAGGGGAAGGAUGCUGAUGAUAUGCGAUAUCCCUCACCCAAACUUCAAAGGGAGUACAUUGAGCAUCCACAACUCUCUCCUGUUCAUGAAGAAGCUCAUAUUGGCAAAAAUAACCAUGGCGACUAUGGGUAUGAUCAGUUCAUCCCAAUGGUUGAUAAGGGUGUGGAUGCAACUUGGCAUAAAGCAGUAGAAAAUAAUAAGCUGGCACUCUCUAAAGGUUGCUACCCUAUGGAUGAUUCUUGUAAGGGUUCCGAUGGAAUUAGUGGUCAGAUCUUCACUGGGAUCAUGGCCGUGGUUAUGGGCGUUGUCACUAUGAUCCGAGUAUCACGCAACAUGCCAAAGAAGCUCACAGAUGCAAGUCUCUACUCCAGCUCUGCUUACUGUGUUGACACAAUGUAUAAAGGCCAGAUGCAUCACCAGCAGUUGCCUGGGCCUGCCAUCUCCCAGGCUGAAUACAUGACUGUCAUGAAGCGUAUGGCUGAAUUGGAAGAGAAGGUGACUGUUCUAAGCAUGCCUGCAGCAAUGCCAGCUGAGAAGGAGGAAAUGCUUAAUGCUGCUGUAAGCCGUGUUGAUGCCCUUGAGCAAGAGCUUAUGGCAACCAAAAAGGCUCUUGAGGAUUCCCUUGCACGGCAGGAAGAGCUUAUGGCCUACCUUGAAAAGAAGAAGAAGAAGAAGAAGUCGUUUUUUGGCCUGUGAAUACAGAAUCUAUUCUGCUGGUAAAAAGGGAGAGACAGCAGGCACUGUAUGAUGCUCAGAAGAGAGGCAAAGACGUGAAUUUUGUUAAAAAUGGUGAUGUUUGUGAUUCUCAAUUCUUCAAAACCAUUCAAGUGCUCUGUGACCUAUAUUUACAAUACUGAAAUUCAAUCAAAAGUUCUGAUAAAU